AUGUUGUGGCUGUCGGUGCUUGUGGCCGUAGCGGCCGUCGUCGCUGCUUGGCGCUUUGUCGUCUCGCCUUACCUGGCGGAUUCGCGGCGCGACGAACCCGAGGAAGAAACGCGUGCUGUCUCUCCGACUGCAAAAGAAAAGAAAACCCGGCAUCGCCACCACGGCCAGAUGCAUUCCUUCAAUCAGAAGAAAAAACUUGGCGGCGAUCAAGAGGCCCCCGCGGGCGCAAAACACCCGCUGCAUGCAGACGUCCUCAAAGGCAUUUCCAAGUUCUCCGCAGCUGCCGCUGUCUCCGCAGAUGGAAUGGUUGCAGCGGUAGCCGGCAGCGACGCGACUCUCCACAUGUUUGAUCUCUCCGGCGGCGUGGCGCAUCACGGCGCGCCUCAGCCUGCGCGACCGCACAUCGUCGCGCGCGUACAAGGCGAGGCUCUGAGUGCUGUUGACUUCCUGCCUGUCUCUGGAGGAAAGAUCCGAAUUGCAGGAGCGCUAGAAAACUACCGACGGCUGGUGAUCUUUGAGCUCCAAAAAACCGACGCUGAUAAGAAGAAGACUCUCGUUGAGACGUUCCGCGGCGACACGCCUCUGCAGCGGAAUCGCGUGCGGUGGCUUAUCGCCUCCAAGGGCGAGUGGAUUUGCACAGCCUCGGAGGAAGACGACACGGAGAUCCGAGUGUGGGCACCGACAGGCGAGCUUCUGGCCUCCGUCGAUACCAAGCAAGUGCAAACAUUCCAGUUCGCAUGCAGCCCAUCUGAUGGACGGUUCCUGGGUUGCGCGGCGUGGUCAGCGGGAGUCAAGCUGUACGAGAUCAAACGCAAAAACGGCCUUUUUGUGAAGAUGGAGAAGGCCAUGGAUUUGAGGACCUCCAAAGGCACAAAGUGUCUCGCCGUCUCUCCCGACAACACGCGAGCCGUCUCGUUAGACAAAAGCGGCGAGCUGACUCUGUGGAGCAUCGACGUUCGCUACUUUGUUUCGGAGGAUCCCAAGUCGCUUUUGUCUCUUCCGCACGCUCUGGAGGCGCCCUGUGAUGCCGAGACGCUCGAAAACCCGAAGGACGAGGAGAGCGUCGCGGAAGCCUUUCGGACGCAGGUGUCUCAACUGGCGUUUGCCGCGGACGGCAAGAUUCUUAUUUGUGUCGCGGGCCCCCACUUGAAGUUUCUCGAUGUCGAAAACAACUUCAAACCUAUCCAGAUGAUUCGCUACGCCCACCAAAGGCCCGUCGAGACGCUCGUCGUGCCGCCCUGCGGAGGUUUCAUUCUCACAGCCGCACUGGACAGUCGGCCUCAGCUGUGGCUGCUGCCGACGGGUGUCUCGUCGUAG